AUGAAGCCAGCGGCGCGUGUACCAGCGGUGGCUGUGCUCCUCGCCGCCGCCGUCGCCGCCGCGGCAGUGUCCGGUACUGCGCCAGCGCCGGCGCUUACCCUGCACCGCACGGUGCCUCUGUCGGCGGCGCGGCUGGAUCAUCUGCAGGAGCUGGACCGGGUGCGGCUGUCCAGGAGGGUUGGCGUGCCGGAGUUCGGCCUGCUGGGCAUGCCCGGGAUCUAUUAUACACGUGUGACAUUGGGCAACCCACCGAAACAGUACUCUCUGCAAUUUGACACUGGUAGCAACCUCAUGUGGCUUAGAUGCAGCCCCUGCACUGAUUGCCCGCUGUCAGCCCAACUUGAUGCCUCCUUGUACAGCCCCAGCAAUUCUUCGACAUCGUCCAACAUAUCAUGCUCUGAUGACUUCUGCAAAGAUGCCCUCAAAACAGGGCAUUCCAUCUGUCAAGCCUCGGGCACUACAAGCAACCAAUGUGGUUAUUCGCAGGCAUAUGCUGGUGAAACUAGCACGGAAGGGUAUUACGUGUCUGAUGUCAUGCAUUUUGACACUGUCAUGGAAAAUGAAAAUGAGUCGGCCACCGUCUCUUCUGCCUCUGUCAUUUUUGGAUGUAGCAACUCGUUGUCAGGGCAAGUGCAAACAGAUGGAUUUAUGGGGUUUGGAAAGGAUGCACCAUCUGUUAUCUUGCAACUGAGCUCUCAGGGGGUUUCUCCGAAGGCCUUCUCUCACUGCCUGACAAGUUUAGAUGAUGGUGGUGGCAUUGUUGUUCUCGGUGAAGUUGUAGAGCCGGGAAUUGUAUUUACUCCACUCGUUCAAUCACAGCCUCGUUACAACUUAAAUAUGAAGAGCAUUGCUGUCAAUGGUCAAAAAGUCCCAAUAAAUUCUUCCUUGUUUACAACAUCAAAAACACAAGGAACGUUUGUGGAUUCUGGAGCAGCAUUAGCAUACUUUCCAGAUGGGGUCUACGAUCCGGUUAUUAAGAUAGUUUCUGCCGUCCCAUAUUCCAUACGCAAUUAUGUCAUGAGCGGGAGCAGAUGUUUUAUUUGUUCUAAAAGGAAUGUUUCAUCAUUUCCAAAUGUGACACUAUAUUUUGAGGGUGGUGCUCCAAUGACAGUGGGACCAGAGAGCUAUCUCUUGCUCAAGGGUGGAUCUGCACGUCAUCAGAACGAAGUCAUAUUGUGCAUUGGCUUUCUAAGAAGCAAGGAGAUCGAGGGUUACGAGCACACCACUGUUCUCGGAGAUCUUAUUUUACAUGAUAAGGUAUUUGUGUAUGACUUGGAGAAGACGCGCAUUGGUUGGGUGAACUAUAACUGCUCACUACUCAGUAAGACCAGUGUGGUUGUUUCCAGCGGAUCUUCGAUGCGCCACACACCAUCAUACUGCAGCGGACUGGUAGCCAUUGUGGUUGCCAUCAUCCAUAGUAACAUCAUCACACUAUGA